UACACGUGCAAGAUUAAUUUUCAGAAGAAAACUUAAGUAGCCUUAAAAAAAUCCAUGAAAAACGUUUGUUUUGCUUCAAUAACUCCAUAAUCAUUUGUAAUUUAAAUUAAGUUCUUGCGACACAAAUGUGUGCUUUGCUCAAGAGAAGGAAAACUUGUUUUUCUGGUAGGUGUGGCUGCUGUUACUGACAUUAUAAGAGCAAUAGCUAUGUGAAAUAAAAUGUGCCAGGAAGGUAUUGUACCAGGUUUUUUUCUCUCAGUAUUGUUCUGUAUCGAACAAUUACUGCAAUUUACCUUAAAAGUAUUUAAGUUUUUAUCUGUUUAAAAUAAACAAGUAGUAGAUUAUUUAACAAAAUAACUUAGCAAAAAAUAAAUGGAGGACUGAACAGAACUUCACUCGGCUAUCUGCUUUAAAAGGUACUUUUUCCUUUCCAGCGUUCGCUGUUCAAAACAUAGUUGAAAUGAUACAUUUUUUUCUUGUUUGUUAUUUAUUGCUAGCAAAAGCAGAAGAAGAACAGGUAAUAAAUUGAUAUUGUUAUUUGCUGUUGACAUGGUUUGAUAACUAAAGAAAUUUAGUUUAAAAAUAUUUAUUCUGUAAGACUGAACAAUAUUUUAAGCCAUGAAUAGAUAAAAACCAAGGGGAAGAAUGUUAAAUGUGACCUACUCUGUGUUGCAAGAAUGCUAAAGUAUAUAACAUCCUUGGAAUAAGAAUGCUUGGGGGAAACCUGUACUUUAGCAUGUUUCAUAAAAAGAUUUAGAAAGUUUGUUUGAGUUGUUUUCAGUCACAAAUCUCCAGCUGGAAGUCGUAUGACAGUAGCAGACUCUUACUAUGUAUUUGCAGUUCGGCUCUUAAUUUUAAGGACUUCUGAGGAGGACUCUCCAUUUCAGAGAUGGAAGAGUCAGUGCUUUCUGCUGCUCCUUUUCUGCUUUGUGCCUAGUGUGAUGUAGUGGGAUUUUUGGUGCCCUUAUGACAGUUCUGGUCUGAAAAGCAGUUUCUUGGUAGCUAGCAAAGGCUGCUGUAAAUCACAUCAGCCCUGGUAUAUGGGACAUUUUAAGGGGUAUGUUGUGAAUGUGGUUCUCCCUAGUUCACUUUUUCAUGAAAGAGCAAUUGUGAAAAUACCGUACAUUAUUUUGGAGGCACGGACAAUUAUUUUUGUCCUGCCUGCUGGAAACAUUUUUGUCAUCUUGUGCAAUUGCAGCAGUUCAUUCCAUCUCAGCAUUUUACCCCACACUGCCUGCUGGCAGUUGGGGGAACUCUCUUCUACCAAUCCAGUUUUCUGAUCUGACGUGAAUUUGAUUAAUCUGGGACACCCUUUUCCCAAGACUCUCUGUGGUACAAGCAGGCCUUUGAAGAGAUUUGCCGUCACUUUUCUGUUUAUGGAUCAUACCUGAAUGCCUAAAGAUGAAUUUGUAGAGAAAACUUUCAUCUAGGCUUCACUUGCAGAAAUUAGUGCUUGAGAGUGCCAUAAACUCCCACUCAGGCAUUAACACUUGCUAGCACAAGUGCUGCUAAAGACUUCAGUCAUCCAGGCACUCAGGACUGCCUACCUGUUCCUGCAGCAGCAAGAGUUUUAAGACCUGACCCCCAAACCGUGCCAGGAGCUGAGCCAGCACUAAUGCAGUGUGAGGAGGCCCAGAUCUCUAGCACGCAUUAAUAUGAGAUGACCUUUCCUGCAGUUCCUGCCUUGUGUAUGGCUACAUAGGGUAGAGCAGCUAACUGAGUUCUGUACCUACAUAGAUUUCACCUGUCUUCUGCUGGAUUGUACGAACUGACCUUCCUCUGUACGUAUGGUCUCAUUUGUGGUGAACUGCAAGUUAGGGAAUUCAUAAAUUAGUGAUUAUAUCUGGACCAUUGUGUGUAAUCCCCAAUUAGCAUGUUUAUUAUGAACUUGAUUAAUUCUAUAUAUAUUUAAUUUAUCUGCCUCUCGCUUGUCUGUGAGAAAUCUGGUUGAGGGGAUUUUUUUAACGUAAUUUGCAUACACACUGUGUAGGGGGAAUAAAAUUUUUGCUUUGCUUUAAGAAUUACUGCCUAGUUAUUAAAUUGGAUAUUUUAAAAUUUGGAUUAUAGAAAAAGAGAAAAUUUCUCCUUGUACUGCUGUAUAUAGACCUCUGUUAUAUUCUUGUACAGAACCCUCCAUGUACAGAAACUGCUCCACACAAAUAGAGGCAUUCAGAGUGUUGCGCACAGUACCAUGCGGCAGCAUAAAAUACAAGGACAAAGAAAUUUGCAUCCACAUUUAGAUACGUACAAAAUGUUGUGUGCUGGGAAAAAAUCUUACUUUGCUGCUGCUGUGUGCAUUAUUACCGUAACUUCAAUGCUUGCAGUUUCUUAUCUGAGCUUACAGAGACUUUCUCAUCAGCCAAAAGUAAUUCAAGAAGGCAGAAGAUGUCGAGGGAAAAUUGCCAAUAGCACAAUAACAGCAUUAAAAGGUAACAAAACUUUUAUUAUAUCCCCAUACUUUGAUGACAGAGAAAGCAAAGUCACUCGUCUGAUUGGGAUUGUUCACCAUGAAGACGUAAAACAACUGUACUGCUGGUUCUGCUGUCAGCCCAAUGGAAAGAUAUAUGUAUCAAAAGCAAAAAUCGAUGUUCACUCAGAUAGAUUUGGAUUCCCUUAUGGUGCAGCAGAUAUAGUUUGUUUGGAACCUGAAAAUUGUGAUCCAACACAUGUAUCAAUUCAUCAGUCUCCACAUGGAAAUAUUGACCAGCUGCCAAGGUUUGAAAUUAAAAACCGCAAGGCUGAGACCUUUUCUGUUGACUUCACUGUGUGCAUUUCUGCCAUGUUUGGAAACUACAACAAUGUCUUGCAGUUUAUACAGGGUAUGGAAAUGUACAAGAUUCUUGGAGCACAGAAAGUGGUGAUCUAUAAGAACAACUGCAGCCAUCUGAUGGAGAAAGUCUUGAAGUUUUAUGUAGAGGAAGGAACUGUUGAAAUAAUUCCCUGGCCAAUAAACUCACACCUCAGGGUUUCUUCUAAAUGGCACUUCAUGCAAGAUGGAACACACAUUGGCUACUAUGGACAAAUCACAGCUCUAAAUGACUGUAUAUACCGUAACAUGGAAAGGAGCAAGUUUGUGGUCCUUAAUGAUGCUGAUGAAAUAAUUCUUCCCCUUAAGCACCCAAACUGGAAAACAAUGAUGAACAGUCUUCAGGAACAAAACCCAGGGACUAGUGUUUUCCUCUUUGAGAACCAUAUCUUCCCAGAAACUGUAUCUUCUGGCAUGUUCAACAUUUCAUCUUGGAAUACUGUGCCAGGUGUUAACAUAUUACAGCAUGUAUACAGAGAGCCUGACAGGAAAGAUGUGAUCAAUCCCCGGAAAAUGAUAGUUGAUCCACGAAAGGUGAUUCAGACUUCAGUCCAUUCUGUCCUACAUGCUUAUGGGAACAGUGCAAAUGUUCCCAUGGAUGUUGCUCUCAUUUAUCACUGUCGGAAGGCCCUUCAAGGAGACCUUCCCAGAGAAUCCCUCAUCAGGGAUACAACACUAUGGAGAUAUAACUCAUCAUUAAUCAUGAAUGUUAACAAGGUGCUAUCUCAAACCAUGCUGCAAGCUCAAGAGUGAAACCUUGGUUAUAAGGAGGGAAAGUGGAGCACUACCUGUAUGGUGGGAAGACAGAGGAUAUCAAUAAAGAUCACAUUAAAUUGAUUUCCACAUGGAGUUUACAUUUUGCUGCAAUUAUUUGGGGAAUCUAUAGCAAAGCCAUGGAUCAUUUAAUGGUAUCAAGGGUUGCAGUAUUUCUUCUGGGAAAUGUUCAAUUUGUUUUCAGUUAAAACAAUAAUCAAAUAAUGUGAAACAGUUUUCAGCCUAUGUACAAAAAGUACUACGGUCAUUAGUAUUAAAGGUAGCAUUGCUUAAUUCUUGCAAUUUGUAUGUCACGGGGUACCAAAUUUGUAUGUAUCAAUUUGAGUAAAGGUAAAGAAGUAAUUGA